AUGCCGCAUUCCGCACGAUGCCGGAGGCAUGCGAUUAGCUUCAGGCGUCCUCUGUUGCAGAGCCUCACCGCCGCCUUGUUGUGGCUUCUCUGUGCGCUUGGUCGGAGCAGAGUGUUCUGCAACACAGCCGUUCAUCAACGUUCCAGGCGGCUCCCAAGGAGGCAGGGUGACUGGAUCGAGGUGGCGGAGGCGGCAGCCUUGGAGGCUUCCGGCAAUGCCACCGUGCUGCCUGUCUUUCCGCUGUCCUCCAUCUAUUGGCCGGGCACUGAAGCACGCCUGAACAUCAUUGAUCCAGCAUACAUCAAGAUGUAUGAUGACAUCCUGCUCUCUGGUUCGCGCCGCUUCGUGGUGCCGUACACUCGGUCCCUGCCUGGCGGGCGCGUGAGAUACGCAGAGAUGGCGCCCGACGACAGGCGUUUGUUCUGCAUCGGGUCACUGCUGUACCUGACUGAUCUGCAGGAGGUGAGUAGCCAAACUGGCGACAGAGUGAAGUACGUCGUUAGCCAUGAGGUCCAAGGCCGCGUGAGGCUGCUGCGCUUGCUCAACCCCGCGGCUUUGUUCGAGACCGACAGCGAAGGAAACAAGAUCAACUACUUGAAGGCCGAAGUAGAGCUGCUCCCAGAGGAGCCCGAGGAACCCCCGGAAGCCCCGAAACCACCGAAAGCCGAGGAGCCCCAGGAAAAACUCCAGGAGCCAGGGCCGACUUGGCGCGAGAAUCUGUUGGACUCCUGGCGACAGCUCCACCUCUUGUCCAAGCACUUCGAAGAGCCCCGGGUGGGCGAAGACUUCUUCUUGAAGAUCGGGCCCAACGUGUCCACUUGGGUUCUGUCUGCUGCCUGGCAGGAGCUGCAGGUGGCCACCCAAGUGGACCGCGGCCAGAAGAGGGCCCUGCAAGAUGUGGAGCAGUUUCUCAAGAACAUGAAGGAGCAAAACUCCGAAAUGUCUGGCCAGGAAGCGCUUCAGAAAGUGCCGCGCGGCCUCCUUCGAGCUCUUUCCGGCAACGUUGACCUUUCGCCCGACUUCUGGGAGCCCCUUCUGCAAAUACUGGCGACUAACAGUCCAGAGGAGAGAGCGCAGCGGUUGCUUGAGCUGGUCCAGGACGAGCUCAAGCUUUCCAACACGCGUUUGUCCUUGAAGCAGGCUCUAUCUGAAGAUUGA